AUGGCAUCGAAAGCAAGUGAGAAAGCGAAUGCUGGAGCAGCAGGUGAGAAAACGGGCAAGGCAAAGAAGACCAUCUCCAAGGACGAUCGGAAGAUGGCCAAGCGCUCCGGACCUCGCCGGAAGGAAACGUACAACGUCCACAUCUACCGGGUGCUGCGCCAGGUUCAUCCGAACGCUGGAAUUUCUUCGAAGGCCAUGAGCAUUAUGAACAGCUUCAUGGGGGACAUUUUCGAGCGGAUUGCCACCGAGGCGUCCCGCUUGGCCAAAAUCAACCGGAAGAAGACGAUGUCCUCACGGGAGAUUCAAACCGCCGUUCGCCUGUUGAUUCCGGGGGAACUUGCCAAGCACGCGGUCUCUGAGGGAACCAAAGCGGUUACAAUGUACACCAGCUCAUUGCCAUAA